CUUAGGGUCUGAUUCUGCUGUGAUGUGUGCUGGCUGUUUGCCCACUUUGUACAGCUCUGCCCAGUUUCUGUCAAGCCCAGGGCAGCCUUAGGCAGCCCUGGAAGGAAGGAUGGGUACUGCCCAUUCCCUGCCUGCCCCGGGCAUAGCAGUCCUGGCUUGGGGAGGGAAGGUGGGGGCGGGGCAGCCAUGGUCCCCACCCCUGGGAGGGGCCCUCAGGAUCCCCAGGGGAAUUCCUGUAGGAGGAGUCAGGCUGGCUGGUCUACUUAACAGAGCUGCUGCCUGGAGUCUGUGUGUCUGUCCGUCAGCUGUAAACAUAGGGGUGGGCGGUGGCCAGGUCUGGGCCGGGGGCAGAUCCGGAGAAGACAGCACCCGUGGGUCCAAGAGCUGUCCGGAGCCCGGGACAAGUGCUGGGGCCCAAGUGCCGGUGACUUUCCAGGGCGGGGCAAGGAGCCCAGCGCUGGGACUAGGCUACAGCUGCUUGAGGUCAGUGCCAGACCCUGCCCGUGUCCAGAGGGCCACGAUGACCUUCACAGCCCCAACCACCCUGGCUGCCACCCUGGGGACCGCACCCACCCAUCUGGACUCCUGCCCCAGGACCCCCACUCAUGGCCCCUGUGACCUCAGCUCUGGACUCUGUGGUCUGCCUUCAGCCUCUCUCAGCCCUGAAUGCCUAGCACCCCCACGCCAAGUGUUGGCAGACGAAGAGUUGGACGGCAGGGUUCUUAGGAACCCCCAGGGUCCUGGGGCUCUAGACAGUGAGCCCCUGCUGGGGGCCAGAGCCACAGCCUGCCCCUGGGCCGGACAGGCAAAGGAGGAGGAAGCGGGGGGGCAGGCGGGAGGCCUGGGGGAGGAGGAGUGCCCCAUCUGCACAGAGCCCUAUGGGCCCGGUGAGCACCGCCUGGCCCUGCUGAACUGUGGCCACGGCCUGUGCGUGGGCUGCCUGCACCAGUUGCUGGGCACAGCCCCCAGCGCCAGCCUGGGCCAGGUAUGCUGCCCCCUGUGUCGCCAGAAGACGCCCAUGCUUGAGUGGGAGAUCUGCCGGCUGCAGGAGGAGCUGUUGCAGGCAGAUGGGCCCCAGGGCCCCCCGCCCCCUACGCCCCCCGCUCCUCCCCCGCCCCGGGGCCCGGGGCCCUGGGCCUCCCUAGAGCACCGCUACCAGCUGCGCUUCCUGGCAGGGCCUGUGGGCGGCCAGGGCUGCCUGCCCUUCCUACCGUGCCCGCCCUGCCUGGGUGCACGGCUCUGGGCCUUGCGGGAACGAGGGCCUUGCCGCCGCCGCCUCGCUUUGUCGGGCCUGCUGGCCCUGGAGCUGCUGGGUCUGUUGCUGGUCUUCACGCCACUCAUGCUGCUGGGGCUGCUCUUCAUGCUGCUAGACCGCUCCGGCCGCUGAGCGGGGCCUCCCACGCCCGCGACCAGCACCUCUGGGGCCCCAGACAGUCCUGGCCGCCGCCAGACCAGGAGACCCAGGCUGGCCCUGAGGCCUGAUGACCGAACUGAACAGCCGGAGACUGGCCUCCAUCCAGCCCCAGGUCUGGGGCCAGGCCACCCAGGAGCCAGAGACUUCCGACCACCCUGCCGCCUGCCACGGACUACCGGUGCCCACGGGCAGUGCUGGAGGAGGCCUGUGGCCAGGCCCCAGACCGACUGCGCACCGUCCUCACCACUUCUCCCUGCCCCACCGGCCCAUCUGCAAGAGGAACGCGGCGGACGCGAAAGUGAACCCUGAAGGCUGGUAGUGAGCGGACUCCUUGGCAAGGGUGGGGUCCUGGAGGGGCUGCGGGGCCCCCACCUUGCGUUCCAGAUAAGAGCCAGUGUGUAUGCCCUGAAGGGCAGGGCAACAGAGGGGAGGGGUGCCCGCCGUGCCAGCUCAGGCUACAGACAGCUUCCUGACUCACUGGGUCAGGACCCAAGGGGCUGGCGGGAGCCGCUGGGCAUCGGGCACCCGUCCCUGAACAGCUAGGCCUUCGGACUGGAUGGCACUGACCCGAGACCCCUGAGUGCCCCGUAACCUCCUGUCAUUGAGCUUGGGCCUUUAUCUAAAGGACAGACACAAUCAGCACGACCGCCCAGGGUCACGGGUGACACGCUGAGUGCUCUGCCCAGCACGAGAAACGGCUCUCCAUACACAGCACCUGCUACCGAAA